UUGAAAAUCGGACGCGAGCGAGAUGAGUAAAAAAGAAAAGAAGAAUUAGGAAAGAGAGAGAAACAAAAAGGAGAGAAGUAGACAGGAUAGAGAGAUAACACGAACAAAGAAAGAAAUUCCAACACAAGAGACCGAGUUGAAGAGGGUUUUUCAGGGGUUUUGUUUUUGCUUUUUUUUCACUCACUCUCUCUGUCUCUCUCUCUAAGGUUUCGUUGUUGGUGAGUUGUGAACAAAGGUCGAAGAAACAGAAAAUACAUCUCUUCUCUGUGAACUCAGUUCACCUGAGUUUGGUUGUAACAUGAACAGAGCUACCAGUUGUAGGGUGGGCAUUGUACACAUUCUGUUAUGAAUCUCGAACUCCCCCAACCCCACCGUCUCUCCACCUGCGACCGUCACCCCGACCAACCAGUCACCGGAUUCUGCCCCUCAUGUUUAUGCGAACGUCUCGCUGGGUUGGAUCCAGCGACCCGCCGUAAGAACAACGCCUCUUCCUCCUCCUCCUCCACUGCCGCAUCCGCCUUUAAAGCCAUCUUCAACCGCUCCGGCGGUGGCGGGGACGCUAGCACCACCAAUACCAACUACAACAAUAGCAGCAAUCGGAACAAAGCCUCUUCUUCCUUCUUCCCCGAACUCCGCCGGAGCAAGUCCUUCUCCGGCCCCAAAGGCGAGGGCUUCUCCGGCGUGUUCGAGCCGCAGAGGAAGUCUUGCGACGUUCGCGUGCGGAACACUCUCUGGUCUCUGUUUAGCCUCGAUGACGAACGAAAGGCUGAGAGCAAAGAGGUCUGGGGUGACAUUGAGGUAGAAAGCAGGAACCUAGGGUUUUCCGGGGUUGCAGGUCCGGUGUUCGAGUCGAAGGAAGAGGAGGAAAAUGAGGAAGAAAUUAGGGUUUCUCAGGAUGCCGCCGCUCCUACUAAUGUGAAUGGCGUCGUUGUUGAAGAGAGAGCAGAAGAAAUCGAAGAGGAGGAGGACGACGAGGAGGAAGAGGUGGAGGAAGACGAAGUGAAGACGAUGAAGGAUCACAUAGAUCUGGAUUCGCAGACUAAGAAGCCUCCGGGAAGGGAUUUGAAAGAGAUUGCAGGCAGUUUCUGGUUGGCCGCCUCGGUUUUUAGCAAGAAAUUGCAGAAAUGGAGGAGAAAGCAGAAGAUGAAGAAGCGUGGUGGUGCUGACGGUGCCUCCACUACAAUGCGGGCCGAAAAGCCGUCCCGUAGACAUUUCAGGGAGACGCAGUCGGAGAUCGCAGAUUACGGAUGUGGACGGAGGUCUUGUGAUACUGAUCCCAGGUUCUCUCUUGAUGCUGGCCGGAUGUCAUUUGAUGACCCGCGCUACUCUUGGGACGAGCCCAGGGCUUCCUGGGAUGGUUAUCUAAUUGGGAGGACAUUUCCACGCCUUCCUCCGAUGCUUUCGGUUGUUGAAGAUGUUCCCGCCCCGGUUAGACGAUUUGACAAUCAGAUCCCUGUCGAAGAGCCCAUGAAUUCCAUCAAUGAGGAUGGGACAAUCCCCGGAGGAUCAGCCCAGACUAGGGAAUAUUAUUCCGACUCUUCCUCAUCGCAGAAGCGAAGGAAGAGUCUUGAUCGGUCUAGCUCUAUCAGGAGGAUGGCGGCAGCUGUUGUGGCAGAGAUGGAUGAGACAAAGUCCAUUUCGAAUGCCAAGGUGUCUCCUGCCACUAUUGAUUUCGUCCAUGGGGCAAAGUUGCUGGUCACAGAUAAAGAUUUGAAGGAUUCUAACUCAAAUUCUCUCAGGGAUGAUUGCUCUGAAAGCUUUGAAUCAGCUUUCCGAGAUGCCCCCUCUGUUGUUGGCGGUGGUGACAGGAAAGGCUCCAAGAAGUCACGCCGAUGGAAGGCGUGGAACAUUUGGGGUUUGAUUCACAGGCGCAAUGGCACUAAAGACGAGGAUGAAGAGAGAUAUUGCAGGGCAAACGUAGUUGAGCGUUCUCUCUCCGAGUCUUGGCCAGAGUUGCGGAGAGAUGCCAAUGGAGAAGCAAGAGCGGCUUUCAACCGGAAAGUCUUCCGUAGUAACAGCAGCGUCAGCUCAAGAAAUUCCUUUAACAUGGGGGGAUCCUUUAGCAGUAGUACAAGGAGGAGUAUUGCUGACACCAACGGCAAUAGUAAGAAGAAACGAGAAGAGUUUGUCUUGGAGCGCAACCGGAGUGCAAGGUAUAGCCCCAACAACCUUGAUAAUGGCCUCUUACGGUUCUACUUGACACCGUUGAGGGGCAGCAGGAGGAGUGGGUCUGGAAAGAGCAGAAAAAACACACAUUCUAUUGCGAGGAGCGUACUGCGAUUGUACUGAAUGGAAGGUUCAAACAUCUGACGGUUCGUUUCCCCUCACCACUAGCAAUCUGCGGAGUUCACCCAAGUGUAGUUUCAUUUGAUGAAGGUAUUGCAAUGUGGGGCUGUUAUUGUCGGCAAUAUAAUGUUCUUUUAAUGAUCUUCAAAAUGGUUCCUUGGCUGGGAGCCAUUCGAAAACUUCAUGCUGUAAUAUGGAUUGUGGAGCAUUGUUGCAGUGAUCAAGAGGGUCUACCCCUCUAAGACAACAUACAAAUGCUGUUGGUGUUAGCUGAGGACUAGUGCCAACUACCCAUCAUCAGGCAUAGGCAUUUGGGGUGGAAACGGAGACACCAAGUCAGUGAACAGCUAGCUAACUCUCUAAUUGUUGUGUUUGGAAUCUGGUUAUGUUUUUUUUUUUUUUUUGUAUAUGAAGAGAUGCAAGUAAUACUGCCUUACUCGUUACAGAGCCGUGAGAAGUUUCUGAUCUGGUAGGCAUUUCUCAACGGCAAGAUACCUAAUCCCUAAUUAUGUUAUUCUUAUCCUCCAUAAAAACCUUUUUACCCUUCCGGCUGGACAGAGAUGGUGGUGUCUCACUUUUAGUGAAGCUUCAGCCGAAUGCAAGUGAGGAUAACCAGGAAGGUUAGCAAUACAAUCAAGUAACCGAAUCCGAAGAUAGACGACAAUGGAUGGUGUCUCACAGGUUGUCCUUGUUUCAGACUAGACAUGUAUGACCGAUGGCUAUAAUCAAUGCCCGGUCCGUGACUUUGGUCUUCUGGCUCUCAAGGCUUUUUCGCGGUUUACGAAGUUGUGGUGCAGUGCAGUAGCUUCAUCUUCUGCAUAGACAAUGGUAUAUUCCAUGGCUAGAGAAGAUAAUUCAUGAAUGAGUAAAGUGAUUGGGUAUUUUUCUGCUAAUAUUGAUAUUGAUAUAAUAUUUAUUUAUUUUUGGUGGGCCUGGCAUUGGGAUGUCCUUUGUAAGCAGGACAUGAUUUUCAAGGGAUAAAUUUGUUGGUAUGUUGAGAGAAUCAGAGUGUUUUGGGUUUGA